AUGGCGUCCAGAAGAUUGUCAAAGUCUAUUUCCGUAGCCAUCAAGGUUCACAAUGCUUUGUCAAGAAAACCCUCUCUACUCCUUCGUUCUCGCGCUCUCUUGGCCUCUGCUCACUACUUCAGCUCAAGUUCAUUUCUUCUCCGGCCAAGUUCCUUCAUCGGAGCUCCCCGGAACGGCAUAACUUCAGCCACUCAAGCCGCUCCUCCUCGUGGUGCCCAACUGUUACCUCUUUCUCUCCAGUUCCCUUCUCCCCGCCGCUUCAUGUCUACGGAUGGACAUGAGAAUGCACUUGAAAAGUAUGGAACUGAUUUAACUGAGAUGGCUAGACAAGGAAAGCUCCCUCCUCUCAUUGGACGUGAUGAUGAGAUCAAGCGUUGCAUCCAGAUUCUAUGCAGGAUGACAAAAAGCAAUCCUGUAAUUAUCGGUGAACCUGGUGUAGGAAAAACUGCUAUAGCAGAAGGGUUGGCCCAGCGAAUUGUAAGAGGGGAAGUCCCUGAACCUCUCUUGAAUCGGAAGGUGAUAUCUCUUGACAUGGCUUCGUUGGUUGCUGGCACCUCAUAUCGAGGCGAAUUUGAGGAAAAACUGAAAGCCUUGAUCAAGGAAAUAACUGCUACCAAUGGGAAGACACUCUUGUUCAUUGAUGAAAUCCACACUCUCGUUGGUGCAGGAGCUUGUGAAGGUGAUUCAAUGGAUGCGAGCAACAUCUUGAAACCAAUGCUUGCAAGAGGUGAACUGCGAUGCAUUGGAGCAACAACGCUGACCGAGUACCGCAAAUACAUAGAGAAAGAUCCAGCUCUGGAACGUAGGUUUCAGCAGGUGUUCUGUGGCCCGCCAUCCGUUGAAGACACCGUCUCUAUACUUCGUGGGUUAAGACAGCGGUACGAGAAGCACCAUGGUGUUAAGAUAUCAGAUAGUUCCCUUGUUUCAGCAGCAGUUUUGUCUGACCGCUACAUCACUGAACGCUUCCUUCCAGACAAAGCUAUUGAUCUGGUUGACGAAGCUGCUGCAAAGCUGAAGAUGGAGACCACUUCGAAACCAACUGAACUCGAAGAAAUAGACAAAGCUGUUAUCAAACUGGAGAUGGAGAAGCUUUCUUUGAGAAAAGAUUCUUUUAAAUCAUCUGCAGAUUUCUUUAUACAGGAAAAGAAGAUGGAGAAUGAUUUGACCAAGCUCAAGGAAAAACAGAAAGAACUCACCAAACAAUGGGAGGAAGACAAGUCUCUCAUUACUAAACUACGUUCACUUAAAGAGGAGAUUGAUGUAUCCGCUAAACGUGAAAAUAGUCUAAACCGUACCGCUGAGCCUAAGUAUGGAACACUUAUGUCCCUCCAAGGCCAGUUAGAAGAAGCUGAGAACAACCUCACCAAGUCAGGAGUGUCUGAACUGUCACAACACAAAGAAGGCGUAACCGAUCGCCACAUAGCAGAGAUAAUAAGCAAGUGGACAGGUAUUCCACUAUCAAAUCUCCAGCAAUCAGAGAGAGAAAAGCUGGUCAUGUUAGAAGACGUGCUUCACAAGAAAGUCAUCGGUCAAGGAAAAGCUGUAGAAUCGAUAGCAGACGCUAUCCGCUGUUCGAAGGCCGGUCUCUCAGACCCUAACCGCCCCAUAGCAAGCUUCAUGUUCAUGGGCCCAACAGGUGUCGGUAAAACCGAGCUCGCCAAGGCCCUAGCCGGAUACCUUUUCAACACUGACAACGCAAUAGUGAGGAUUGAUAUGAGUGAGUACAUGGACAAAGCCAACGUCUCACGUCUCAUUGGUGCAUCUCCUGGCUGUGUCGGUUACGAAGAAGGUGGGCAGCUAACCGAAGCUGUGCGCAGGAGACCUUACUCGGUGGUUCUGUUUGAUGAGAUCGAGAAAGCCCACCCUGACGUCUUCAACAUCCUGCUUCAGCUACUAGACGAUGGAAGAGUGACUGAUUCUCAAGGGAGGACAGUGAGUUUCAGGAACUGCUUUGUGAUAAUGACGUCUAAUAUAGGAGCUCAAAGCAUACUUGAGACUUUCCGGGGCAAUGAAGACCGCAAAGAGGCAGUCUAUGAGACGAUGAAGGAGCAAGUUGUGGAGUUGGCAAGAAGAACUUUCAAGCCAGAGUUCAUGAACAGAAUUGACGAAUACAUAGUCUUCCAGCCUCUGGAUACAAAAGAAAUAUCAAAAAUAGUGGAGAUUCAGAUGAGACGAGUCAAGAAAAGGUUGGAAGAGAAUAAAAUAAAACUUGAGUACACACAAGAAGCAGUGGACCACCUUGCUCAGCUUGGGUUUGACCCCAACAAUGGGGCAAGACCAGUGAAGCGAGUGAUUGAGAAGAUUGUGAAGAAGGAGAUCGCCAACAAAGUUCUGAAAGGAGAGUUUGCUGAGGAUGACACUAUUCUUCUCGAUGUUGACCAGACAAGCAAUGAACUGGUCAUCAAGAAGCUCGAGAGUGAUGCUCCUGUUGAAGAAAUGGCUGCUUGAUUAUACAAACGAACGUUGGUCGAUUUGGUUACAUGAUCGGAUCUAGCAAAUGUGACA